AUGCGUGCAUUGCGACCUUUGUUCCCAAAAUUUGGGUUGGAGUCGAUGGGAGAGUACGAGAGCGACAACCUCGUCGAGGAUAACCAUAGUAACUGCACGUUUCUUGAUUAUCAGACCAGUUUAGGGAUUUCUGAAUCGUCAGAGGGAAAUAGAAUAAACAACAAUUCAGUCGUGAUCAAGAAGCUUAUUCACAAUGCUAAUGAGCGUGGCCGUCGCAAGAAAACCAACACUUUGUUCUCGUCUCUUCGUUCAUGUCUUCCAGGCCAGGAUGAGCCGAAGCUAAGUAUUCCUCAGAUUAUAUCAAGGAGCGUGCAGUACAUACCGGAGCUGAAAGAACAAGUGAAGAAGCUAAUACAAAAGAAGGAAGACCUCUUGUUGCGAGCACCGGGUCAAAGAGAACGUUACGUUAUGCCGCAGCCAAAGGUAGUUUCUAGUCAUGUCUCCACCGUUUUUGCGACUGAACUUAGAGACAGCGAAGUGAUGGUCCAAAUCUCAUCAUUCAAGAUUCAUAAUUUUUCGAUUUAUAAUGUGUUGAGUGGGCUAGAAGAAGAUGGGUUUGUUCUCGUGCAUAUUUCAUCUUCGAGUUCUCGAGGAGAACUACUGUUCUACACUUUGCAUCUCCAAGUGGACAAGAUUGAUAAUCACAAGCCAAUUUGCGUUGAGCUAAGUCAGAAGAUCUUGUACUUGUAUGAGGAAUGUGGAAACUCGUUUAAAUGAGAAUUUGUUCUUGUUCCGUUUGAGCUGUGUCGUCCUUAUCUUUAAAUAAUCUGUCAUUCUUG